GACGGCCACCAACCAGCCGUGGUGGAUGGUGGCGAAAUUGCCACUCGCGGGGCACCAGAUGAACUGGAGGCCGACAACUCCAUUGAAGCGAUCUUAGCACGGAGCCGGCGGAAAGAGCUGGUGGCACGCGUCCGGCGCUUGGGCAGCCACGGGAACGGGUCGAGGCAGUCGGAAGAAGAGUUGCACUUGCUGAUCGUGUCGGUUGCAGAUUUCCAAGUGGUCAAUUUCGGCCAGAUGCCAGAUGUGUUGGAACGGCCGUUCCCAACGAUGCUGAUUCUCUUCCAUCCAGCGACAUUCGCCUCAAAAGUGUUCGUGCCUGCGCUGCGGGACCUAGAAGGCUUGCUGCGCAAGGCUGAGAUUCCUGUGAGCAUCACGGCUUUGGACCUGACCGCCUCGCCGCACACCAAGUGCGUGCAAGAGGAGAGAGAGGACUCCAAGCCUGGCCGAAAGAAAACAACGCCGGGAGGGACUGAUGUAGCCCGGAAGGCCGUUGCGCCGCACAUCCAGCUUAUCCUGCCGAGAUCCAUGGAUGGAGAGGCCGGAGUGGUCGACUACGACGGUGUAUGGGACGCGCGGUCAUUGGCAAAGGCAGCAUGCGGCAUGCUCCCCAGCGUACGUCUGAGACACAAAGUUUCACACAGACUUGGGUUUUUGGCCAUGGAGCUUCAGAACACCUUCCUCGGCUGCAAGAAGGAGGAGCUUCCUGCGCACAAGCGGUCCUUGAGUUUGCCGCCGCGGCCUAGCAAAGCCUGCGUUGAAGGCGAUGCGGAGAUCCAGAGCUAUGUGAGAAAUCUGGGACACCGUGCCCUUCAGCUUCAACCGCUGGUAGUACGCAGCUGCGGCACCAGCUUCGUUGCCUCAAUGUCUGUUUGCCAGGGGAAUUUUAAGCGGCGGCAGGUUAACUGUCAACAGUUGACAGGUGCAGCAUUCGUUGUAGCUACUUCGAAAAUCGCUUGGAAUGCUGCAUGGAGGCCAGUGUGA